AUGAGGGCACGGAAGGGGGAGGGGAGACGGCAGGUGACCUCUCGCUUCCUCUCUCUCUGUGACUGUGUGUGCUGCAGCUGCACCACCCGGACAAGGGCGGGGAAACGGCGGCCUUUCAGCAGCUGGGGAGGGCGUACGAGGUGCUCUCAGACGAGCAGGCACGGGCCAGGUACGACGCCAUAGCCAUGGUAAGAGAAAGAGAGCUAUCGGAGGUGCACUCACAGAAUUUUUGGAUACAUCCGGCGGUUGUUUCCGUGUCUGCCACCGCGCAGGCCCACCACGGCCGCAGUUGGGAGGCCGCCCGUUUGUGGGAGCAGACGCCAGAAGCGGUGAGGAUGUGGGUCGCAUGGAUGUGCGUCUGAUGAAUGCCGGUGUGUUGGCCAAUGAUGUACUUCUGCAGAGGGAGGCAUUCAAGAGGGCCGAGGAGAAGCUGAGUGAAGAAGCGAUAAAGAAGACCGACGCUGUGAGUGAUAUGUGUACCAGUCAUUCAGGAUGUGUCUUUACUGUUGUCCUUGUGCGGGCAGGUUCUCGCCAAGUGGGUUUUUUUUAACAGGGGGGAUCAGCGCACCCUGCUGCCGAUGGUGGGUUGCCUGAGUGGGAUGCGCCCAAUCCUGAGGGGGGAUCGCACGACCACCACCAACAGCAGCACCAUCAGCAGCAGCAGCCCCCGCCGCCGCCACCACCUGCAGCUCAUGAGCAGGGUGGUGCCAUUCCACCACCUCAUGGAGGCGACCGGGGCGGCUUCCCUCAUCACAACAGAGGCGGCGAUUUGCGAGGAAGGGGCGGCCGGCAUCGCACGGACCAGCAGCGGCAUCAGGAAUGGCAGAAGCUGCCGCGGACGGUGUAUGGCGGCAUCGCUCAGGGCCAUCAAUCGCCUCACUACCCUUCCCAAGACCACACUCAAGCGGCCUCGUAUGGACGACAUCCAAGCACGCAGCAGCAGCAGCACCAGCAGCAGACCCAGUACGAUGUCUACUCCCCUCCCGCCGAGCCCAGACAUCCACAGCAGCACCCCGUGACCUAUCCCCCGCCCCCGCCUGUGGACGACCAGCACCACCGAUGGCAGCACGAUCCCAAGGCAACAGAGCCAGCCCCACCCGUGCAG